GCGUGCUCACAGAAGAAGGAACGCCAUCACGAGCUGGCAGUCGUGAUCGCCACCGGAGCGACUGCGAUAAUCUUUCUGCCUCUCUCGCAGCGUCUCUCGAUUAUCCCCUGGGGCUCCUCAGCUGAUCGGCAACGCAGGCAGGCGCUCCCUGUCAGCCGAUAACGUCAGGGCCCAUAACGUCGUCUGUCCUCGCGCCGGUUCACCUGGUCACCUGGCGCCAUGUCCGUGAGCCAGACGGUGUCGCCGGUGCCCACUCCGCGGUCCAUUCUGGUCGACUCAUCGCGGCGAAAGUCGGACCGCGUGCACACAGGACCCGACGAGUGCUCGAUCUUCCAGCUCUCGGCCACGCAUGCAUUCCCUGACGUCCCGGAUGUGUAGCGUCUACAGCCGCACGGCCGGCGCGCGCAGUGCCCUCGGCUGCUGCCUGCUGGGUACUCGUGGUCUGGCUGCUGCUGCUGCUCGUCGUGCUGCUGUUCCCGCACAGUCAUCGCACGCACCAUCACUUCCCGUGCUGGGCCCCACAGUGCCGCGAGUUCGUAUCCGCGUUGGCUGACUCCAUUAGCGCCUCGCUGGACCCGUGCCAGGACUUCCACAGCUACGUGUGCGACCGCUGGCGACCGAGCUUCGGAGGUCGCUCCAUGCUCGAAGACUCGGCCAUCGGCUUCCGCAGGCGUGUGGGCGAACGCGCCGCCAGGACUUCCCCGCCGCGGCAGUCGCAGAAUAGUCAUGAAAAGGCGGUCAUGCUCUACAAGAGCUGCCUGGCCGAGAGGACACGAGGAAUCGGCGAAUUCAAACGAUUCCUGCGUGAACGCCGCUUGCCCUGGCCCAAGGUGGACACACGCGCCAGCAUUGUCGAAGUGGCUGUGGACCUCUCCGUGAACUGGCAUUUCCCGCUCUUCUUUUACGUCUACCGUCUUUUCUCCACGCCAGGGCCAGCGAUGUCACCUGGUAAAAAACACUUGUCCGCGCGAUUUGUCUUCACCGACGACUUGCUGGGACUGGGUCCGCGCCUUCUGCUGAAAGAACGCGAGAUGCGCAAGAACAACACCGAGUACAUCUGUCAAUUACGCGACGCCCUGAUGGAACGUGGCGAUGAGCAAUCCGAGUCGGUCUCCUGCGAGCAGCUCGACAAACUUCAGAGGGACGUUCUCGGUGACUCGACGGCAACCAGUGGCAACGAGUCGCUGGAAAACGAGACGUCGACUCUGUACGACAACAUCGUCACCUUCGCCGACGAUCUCACGCCGUUCGUUUCUGGUCAUUACUGGUUCUGGCUGCUCACGAGAGACCAGCCAGUCCCGGUGGUCUCGGACGCAGUGCAUCGUGUCGAAGUCUACAACAAGAUGCACAUGCGAAAAGUGGGCGCUCUAUUCGGCUCGAACCGGUGGCAGACGUACCUCCUUCUCGUGGCGGGUCUCUGCGUGGUCCAAGGCUUGGGUCGUUUCGCCAGCAAUCAGCUCGCCACUCUCAUCUACGGCGACCACAUCACUCGUGGCCGGUGCCACCCGGACCUGUGCUACGGGAUUGUGGACCAGAUGGUGCCGCGUCUGCUCUCUUCACCUUACAUCCCGCUCCUGCUUGACAUUGAGCGAGUCACGAAGGCCACCCAAGUGUUCCAAGUGGUCAAGUCGGCCGUCGGCUAAUCUGUGCGCCGGGCGGCUUGGCUCAACGGUGCCGCGCGUCCGGAGGUGUUCGCGAGGAUCAACAGGAGCGUCCUCAACUUCGAAGCCGUCCUGACCGGCGAGGCCGCUGGUGCGGAAGUGCCCUCUCACGCGGUGACGGUGGACCUUCCAGACUUGGGUGAAGACUUCAUCAACAACCUGAGCGUCAUUCCCCGCACGUUCUGGGACGGCGUUCACCGCGACUUGUCGGUGACGCCGUCUUGGUUCGGCUUCGCGCCAGGAAACCGCCUACAGAGCAUGCGCGCCGCGGCACAGAGAACACUGUGGUGGGGAGACGUCUGGCACCAGCACGACGCGUCGCCGUUCGCGUUGUCUCCUCGCGAUGUCGUCAUCCCCAACCUGUACGUGCUGGAGUCUGUGUUUCCGACCGCGGCAUACGAGAGCGUUAACUAUGGCCUCAUAGGUUCGCUAAUAGCCCGCCAGCUGCUAACAAUAUCCUUCAGGGCAGCUGGCAAAGACGGUUCUUACAAGUCCAGGUUGGAUCAACUCGCUACGAACGAUAGCGUGCGCUGCGUUCAGGAGGCCUUUCAGCACGGCGACCUUAACGGCAUGGAGUUCGGAGAGGAUCGCAGAGACACGGAUGCCAUGCUUGUGGUGGUGGCCUCAUUGAAGCCACUGUUAGAUUCGCUGUCCGCGAGUCCCGACUACCCGGACUGGAACCGCGGCUUUGAGGACUACAGCGCUGAGCAGCUCUUCUUUCUGGCGCUCUGCUUUCCCAGCUGCGUGUUACGGGAGGACGAAAUGGAGCCGAGGUGAGGUCUAAGCCAAGCAUCCUGGUGCAACGUACCACUGAUGCUUUUUGACGCGUUCGGAGAGGCCUUCCACUGCCCGCCAGGGAGGGCGAUGAAUCCUCGUUCCAAAUGCGCGGCGUGGUUACAGUGAUGGCGGAUGUGGGGCCGUUUUGAAGCUUAUUUUGUGUGACUCUCCACUUGUGCCUCUUUGUGUAUUGGCAAACUUCGCUUGAAACAAUUAUUGAAGCUACAUGAUUGCUAUAUAGAAUACGGCCCACAGUAUCUUUAUUUUUCUUACUUCGAGGUAUAGUGCGGUUACUUUGUAUAGCCGAUGACGUAGCAAUAUCCUUCUUGUCGAAUUGGGCCGAACUGUUUUCGAUGACGAUGUGUCCGAAACCAGACAGCAGUUUUUGUUUGUUUACGUUUUUAUUAUGUGGUCUUUAA